AUGGCCGACGACGGUAGUGAUUUGACCGGCAAAUUCACUCUCGACGAUUGUCUACAUGUUCUGAAAGAUGUCUUCGGCCAUGAGGAUUACAAGGGCAAACAGAAGGAGAUAUUUGAGGCUGCUGCGUCAGGACGAGAUGUCCUCGUGGUGGCACCUACUGGCAUGGGGAAGAGCAUCUGCUUCCAAGUCCCAGCACUAGCCCAGGAUGAAGGUCUUACUAUCGUUGUAUCCCCGCUACUCGCCCUGAUCAAGAACCAGGUCGCACGGCUGCGCCAGAACCAUGUCCGUGUGGCAGCAUUAUCCUCGGAUGUCUCUCGGCUAGAGCAGGAUGAGAUCAAAGAGGAUUUGUCGUCUGGGGAGCCUUCCAACAGGUUGCUUUACAUUACACCGGAGAGACUUAGUACCGGAGAGAUCCACAGACUGUUAACUGUUGUGUACGAGGCGAAUAAUUUGAACCGCUUGGUCGUAGACGAGGCCCAUUGUAUCUCGGAAUGGGGACACGACUUCCGAGCAGAAUAUCGCCAGCUUGGGGCAUUUCGCAGGAAGUUUCCGGGCGUACCCAUCAUGGCACUCACUGCCAGUGCCACACCGACGGUUCAGGAUGACAUUAUUAAGAGCUUGAGAAUGUCUGAGGAUCAUUGCAAGCUCGUACAUCCGUUCAACAGGUCGAACCUCUUCUACGAAGUUAGAUAUCACGCUUCGAAUGAUACGAUGGUUCAGAUGGAAGAUGUCUUCAGCUACAUCAGCAGCCUACAUCGACGACGCAAUAGGCCAUCGUCUGGGAUCGUAUAUUGCCGCACUCGUGCUACUUGCAACGAACUAUCACACUUCCUACGAGGAAGAGGGCUGAAUUCGAAGCCUUAUCAUAAGGGGAUCAAACCCGAUGCCCUUGACAAGACUUUGACGGAUUGGCUCAAGGGCGGAGACGGUGAAGAAGGUAUAGAUAUCGUCUGUGCCACAAUUGCUUUCGGAAUGGGCAUUGAUAAGAGUGACGUUCGGUAUAUCAUUCACUUUGACCUGCCCAAGAGCUUCGAAGGGUAUUACCAAGAAACAGGACGAGCGGGAAGAGACGAUUUGGCCGCGAAAUGCGUCCUUUAUUUCUCCAGAGAGGACGCGCUCCGUGUGAAAAGUCUUGUGGCAAAGUCCCAGAGCGUUCGUCAAAUCACGGCAGAAUCUGCCCACGCUCCUCCUCCGAGUCAACGGGCCGUCAAUAGUCUGGGCUCCCUAAUCAAGUUCGCCGAGAACGUUGAUAUCUGUCGACAUCUGUUGAUAUGCAGAUAUUUUGGCGAAGUCAUCGACGCGAACGAUACCGAGCUUGUGAAGACCUUCUGCGAUGGAAUGUGUGACGUGUGUAAAUACCCCGAGAAGACAAAGAAGCGACGGGAGGCUCUCUCUUCACACGAACAAGUCGCCACACAAUCGGCCAAACUCCUCCGCCACUCAGUCGAAGAAGACGAUUCCUAUCCCGUACAUCGAGUUCGAGCUCUUCGGGCUGUCCCACCACCGCUACUACCAAACGCAGCAGCAUCUGGGUCGAAACCCCUACGGUCCGAAUCGAAAGACACCACUAAACACUCUAGUGCAAAGAAUUACCCUUCUGUACCGAGCGCAGGGUCGACGAUUCUCUCGUACGGUGCGAAGACGAACUACGUGGGCCCAGGCAUAUUACGCUCCCGUGCCCAGGGAUUGAAGCGGACUGCUAGCGGGUCUUCCAACUCCACUGCGACGGGGAGCGAAGGUGAUCCGGCCAAGCGGCAAAAGAUCGACUACUCUGCGGCUACAAAUGGUGCCAGGCCAUCUUUGAGAAAGCCAAAGCAGGCUGCCACGGGGUUCAAAGUGCCUUUCAAGACCCCUUUCAAGACACCUAGCGAAGCGGCCGGGUCUGACCCACCCGAUCAUGCAGACGAAACCCUCGAUACAAUCAAGCAAGAGCCGGACGCUGCCAAAGUCCAGACUGAUGAGGAGGCCUCUCCACGACGGCGAAGUAAGCGAAGAGAUAGUAGUCGGGCUUCGUUAACAGAGGACGCGGCUCCAAGCUCGUCGCCCAUCAAGCUACCCGACGACGAGGUCGAUUUGGAUGUAUCAUUCUCGCAGAAGAUUCCCAAAUCUCUUCGGGAUGAGACAUUCACCUCGAUACGUCGUGCAUUGCACAAGGCCUUUGCCAAAGCGGAAUUGUGGGAGAAGCUCAGAAUGAAGACCGCUAAGGAGACGAGAAGGAACGCUGUACUUUCGGAUGCUGCCCAAGAGCUAGAGUUUCAAGUGCAUUCGUUCAGCACCACGAAAGAGGGAUAUCAGACCCGUGCACGGUCGCAAGUCGCCACUGUGAAGCAGCUGGUGCAAGUGGAUGCUUGGUCUGCCAGCGGUGGUGAGGAUUUUGAAGACGCGAGGGAUGUGGUGGCGAUGCUUCGUAGGACGUGCAAGUCCUCGAAGUCUUCGGGUAAGUGAUGGAUCAAGUACUCUUAUCCUGUAUAUAUAUGACUAUACCCAGUGCUCCAAGUGUAUUUAUAUUGUAUCCAUGGAAUACUAUCUUUUUACACGGCAAGGCUGCUCACGCAGUCGUAACUCAGCUGGGUGAACAGAUUCGACGACUUUAUUUAGGGCAGAGUGAGCUGAGCAUCAGACAGUCCAUGUGCGGAUGCCCUCCUCUGCUCUGCCCAUCGGCGCAUCGUGUAGAGUAGGUCGGCCGCGUCCUCGAUGAAAGUCAAAGAUCGCAGAGCUCCCAGCAAAAGUUUUUCCAUUCUCUUCUCCGCACCGAUUACAGAUUACCACGAUGGUUCUAUCGGGCUCCGAUUGACCUUGCAUCUGCUCCGGUGCAUUCACUGACGUUGACUCCGUCCAGAAUGGUCGUAACCUAGCUGCCCAAUAAUUCACAGUCGACCACGACGGCUCCUCAGCGUCUUCCUCGUCUCCGUCGCCUGGAUCCAACCAGGCGUUCAACAGGAUGAGAACGUUGACCCUGUUGGUCGUGCAGUACUCUGCUACUUCGUAUGGACCAUCCUCGAGUCGCCAAUCGUUGGGAGGGAAAGGGUUUAGGUCCAUGCAGAUGGCCGUGCUCAACGUGUUCAAUGGCACAGGGAGCCUGUACGAGACGAAGCCGGAACCUUCUUUUGCCCAUGUUCGAUCAGUCUCGAAGAGAUUCGUCUUGCGAUAGUUCCCGAUUGGCUGGCCAUCAGGACCAUAGAGCAGCGCGCUAUUCGCUCCAACAAUGUCGACGUCGUUUCCCUUAUCGUCCUUCCGCUUGCCAACCUCGUGUGUUUCAAGUUUCUCGGGAUAGCCUGCGGUGACAUGGCAAUUCAGCUGUUGUGCAAGCUGCGAGCAGAACGUCGAGGUGGGCCCGGAAUACGGCUUCUCUAGGAAAGGGGAGAUAGCUGUGGCACCGGAGAAGUUGUAUCCAGUUAGGAUCAUCUCAGGAAGGCAAAGCAGGUCCAGUGAGUGCGGUUGAAUUCGUGCACAUAGCAGGCGAGCCUUCUCUAUAUUGUGUUGAACCUGCCCGAUUUCAGGGGCAAACUGCACGACACCGAUCCGGAGCCUUGGGGUAUCUC